CUUUAUAUCCAAAUAGGGAAAAUUACGGCUGAGGAAUAAUGCGUGUGGCAUAACCGAGGUGAAACCACAACCGCGUAGGCCAAACUUUCCGAACGUCUUUCGUUAACUGGACAGGAUAACCGUCCUCAGAGAUCAGCAGCGUGUGACUUAUUUCUUAUCGACAGAAAGAAUCAAAAGAAGAACCAUGGAACCAUUUAGUUCUUUACAAAUGCAGAUAACGGAUUUUGAAUGAUACGACAACUUAAUGAAGUUCGAUGUUGUUGUCAGAUGAAAGUAAAUAAAUUUCACUAAGUACAAAUAUGCCUACCAACGACAGAUACAGCAGUGCUUCUAACGGAAGCCAGCCAACAGUUACGCGGACUGUUACGAAGAGCGUUGUUCCUGUGAGCUCCACUGACCUUGUGGAUCCUGACGUGGUAUUUACAAAGAAGCACGAGGAAUGGACUACAAGUAAACGAGUUGUUAAUCACAAAACAAAACAGGUCGAGACUCGAGUACAAAGACAACUCGUUUUGGAAGACGGUCGCAUCGUAGCCGAUUCUGGACCACAAGUCACUACAAAAACGAAAGAAGAUGUCCGAGUCGAAGAAUCGGAAAACACAGAACACAAGACAACUGGAGAUGAUCCUCCAGGUCCAGGCUACACCCUCGUGCCCGGAUCGGCCAAGGUGAUUAGCGAAAAGACAGAGAGCAACCAGACUAUGACAGAAACUAGAGAAGAAAACAGGCAAAUGCAUGAUGAGCACAUCAGAGAUUUGUCUGGAGAGGUCAGUCAAAUGCUUCAGUGAUUUGAUAUGAGUUGA